AUGCAUUCCUGCUCACCAAUCCCGAACUUCUCGCAUACCGUACCUUUGUCCGACGAAUCGCAGACUUUCCAGACCUUCGAUUCCUCUUUUCCUGUCGAUGAUGCUUUUGUCACUCGUGCCUCGCAACUGCCAUUCUCUUCCUCGCUUGAACAAGAAAAGGACCGCGAAGGGUCUUAUUUUCCCCAGUCGUGGUGGAAGCCCGAAGACUGUCAAUAUUCAGCAGAGUCUCUAUCGGCAGAACCUCUCUCUGAUGAUCGCCUUUCGCCAUGGAACAGGGCUCUAUCGGCCAUCUCUGAUCCUCAAAGUUCUCACAGCAUUAACAGUGGCAGCUUAUCGUCCAUGGCGUACUAUGCUUCCCUGUCAUAUCAGCAAGAAGAUGCACUCAUCCCACAGUUUGACGAACAAGUCAGCACAUACCCCAUGCCAAACAGCUUAGUUGAUAUGAUCCCAUCUCUCCCUCUUUCAAAGCCACCGAUCUGUGGAGUCCAACCGGACAGAUCCUCCCCUUUGAACAGCAAUGAGAUCAUCUGGUCAAGCAGCCACUCCGAUCGCACCCCAACCCCAGAGGCUCUAUUACAGGCUCCUACCCACGUGAACCCGUGCAUAAAAAGAAGAGAAAGAGCAACAUCCAAAUCCCGCUCUCGCAAGUCAACAGGAAAAGUCGCAGCCUCAACACCAGGCCGUCGCCGCCGCCGGGCAGCAACGUCGUCCCCUGACGAUGGAACCCCACGCACAUUCACCUGCAGCUUCGCUCCCUACGGCUGCAAAAGCACCUUCACCUCAAAGAAUGAGUGGAAGCGUCAUGUCACCUCCAAGCACCUGCUACUAGGUUUCUUUCGGUGCGAUGUGGGUAGGUGCAAUAUCCUAGCACAAAAGACACCAUUUCAAGCUCCGAGAUCCACUUCUACUACUCCUCAGCCUGGCCAGCCAAAUGACUUCAACCGCAAAGAUCUCUUUACUCAGCACCAGCGUCGUAUGCACGCGCCCUGGUUGCAGACUGGUCACCGGAGAGCCCCGACAGAUGUUGAGAAAGGUGCUUUUGAGUCUAGUCUGGAACAAGUCCGGAAAAGAUGCUGGCAUGGUUUACGGCACCCGCCUACGAAGAGUCAUUGUGGGUUCUGUGGGGAGGGUUUCUCUGGUACUAGUAGCUGGGAUACCCGGAUGGAGCAUGUCGGGCGGCAUUUUGAGAGGGAGGAUCCGGCUUCUCUUGGGGAGGGAGUGGAAGAUGUGGCACUUCGUGAAUGGGGGUUGAGAGAGGGCAUCUUGACUUUGCUGGAUGGACAAGUUUGUUUGGCCUCGUUGGUAGAGAAUGAGGGUUAA